ACUGAAGAAAGAGGGGGCAUUGAGAUCAAGAACUAUGGCACAUUUUGUUCUGAUCCAUGGUAUAUGUCACGGAGCUUGGUGUUGGUACAUGCUUGUCUCGCUGCUCCAAUCGGCCGGUCACCGUGUCACUCCAUUGGACCUCGGUGCCAGUGGAAUCAACCCGAAGCAGAUCAGCGAGCUGGAUUCUGUGUCGGAUUAUGCUCGGCCAUUGAUGGAAUUCAUGGCCUCUUUGCCUCGACACGAGAAGGUGAUACUAGUGGGACAUAGUUAUGGUGGGGUUGUCAUUUCCUUAGCCAUGGAAAGUUACCCUAAGAAAGUAUCAGCCGCUGUUUAUCUCACGGCUUUUAUGCCCAAUCUUCAUUCUCCUAUUGCAACCGGAGUAGCCGAGUUCUUCAAAAAUAUUUCGUCGGAGCCAAACAUGGAUUCGCAUCUAUGGUUUGAUGAUGGCCCCGAAAAUCCACCUACUCGUACCAUUUUUGGACCAAAAUACAUAGCUGCAAAGGUUUAUCAACUCUCACCAAAAGAGGACAGAGAAUUGGCCAUAACGUUGUUGAGACAAGGGAAGUUCUUUAUGAAAGAUUUGUCCAACGAAUCUCUGCUAACAAAAGAAAAUUUUGGUUCGGUUAAUCGGGUUUAUAUAGUUUGCAAAGAUGAUUUGCUGAUCAAAGAAAGCUUGCAGAAAUGGUACAUCGAAAAUAGCCCGACAGUCGAUGUUAAGUUCAUAGAUGGAUCUGAUCAUAUGGCCAUGCUUUCCAAGCCCCACCAGCUCCGCAAACAUCUCCAAGAAGUUGCUGAGAAAUAUAAAUGAUUCAUCAAUCAGAUAGUUCAGCCUAUCAUCUUCAAGAGAUAGUAUAUAUUAUGUAUGAUCCAAGUUUGGCCACAAUACACACACACACAUACAUGUAUGCAUGCAUAACU